UAUUACCUCCAUAGCUCUAAAAUAUUUUCAAAGCACCGUUUUAAUAUACUGGUAUAGCGAUAAACGUGGCUACGUGAGGAAUUGUUGGAACGCGUUAUGUUUGGUCUCCAUAAUUGGAAGUCCAAUAUGGUACGCUAAUGACAUAUGUGUUAGUUCAGUUUUAGGGUUAAGAGUAACUUUAAUCAAGAGGUUAGGGACGUUGAGUUUUCAAAGUAUAUCGUAUAUACAAGUUAACAACUUGGUAAAAUGACUGAAAAUAGUGAAAUCAUGGAAGAUAUACAUCGUUCGCGCGUAGCUGUCAUAUAUAGGCUAGUGGAACAUCUUAUGAAUUCUUUUCAAAAUAAUGCACGAUUAAUGUUGCAAGACAAUACAGAAAUGCAAAAUCUCAUUCUUCACUAUCAAGAACAAGGUCCACUCUUUGAUUCAGUGCGCCGAAGCUAUCUUCCAAACUUUGAUAUUUCAGAUUUCAAGUCCCAUUUUCGAGUAAACCGGAACACUUUUGAGGUAUUUGUUAAUCGUAUAGGCCGGACCUUGUCAGUAGGAGACCACCAAGCACAUCCUGGUGGAAAGCCACCUGUUCCUGUGAACAUGCAGUGCAUGAUGUUUCUAUGGUAUAUAGGUAACCAAGAAACAUUUAAGUCAAUGUCUGAAAGGUUUACAAUAUCUAAAUCAACUGCUCAUGCAAUUUGCAGACGGGUCAAUGAGGCCAUUCAGAAAACUCUAAUGCCUGAAUUGAUAACAUGGCCGAGAGAAGAUGGUAUCCAGGAUAUUAAAAAUGGUUUUUCCCAGCUAAGUCGGCUGCCAAAUAUUAUAGGAGCACUAGAUGGAAUACACAUACCCAUCAGAGCACCAAAAGCAAACAAAGAGUCAUAUUUUAACAAGAAGAGGUUCCAUUCCAUCGUUCUUCAGGGUGUCUGUGACAGUAGGUUACUUUUUACACAUAUUUAUACUGGUUGUCCAGGAAGCACCCAAGAUGCCGAUGUCUUCACAAGCUCUGUUCUCUAUCUGGAACAACAAGAGUACUUCCCAGAAGAUUCUUUUAUUGUUGCUGACUCUGCAUAUCCACUGUUACCCUGGGUUAUUACACCCUAUAGAGAUUAUGGCAUCCUAACUCAGGAGCAAAAAGUUUUCAACAAAGAACUUAACAAAGCAAGAAUUGCAAUUGAUCAUGCUUUUGGUCAGUUAAAAAGUCGAUUUCGUCGCCUGACUAAGCUAGAAGGUUUAGACAUGCAGCUCUUAGUUGGAACAAUCGUAUCAGGAUGUGUUCUUCACAACCUGUGUGUGAUGGCAGAUGAUGAAAUGUAUGAUGAAACUGAUGUAGUAGAAGUAAAUGAGAUAAAUGAAUGUAUAUAUGCUGAUGAUGAAAGUGGUAUUGAAGUCCGAGAUUACUUACUACACUUAGUUAAUGACUAACUUAAGAGUUGGUUUCAUUUGCAUAUACUGAAUAGCAGUUUUGGACCAUUUUAAUUUAGGAAUGUUGUACUUCAUGAAAUUAUCUAAAGUGUUUAAAUUUUUACGUGACCAAAACAUUCAUCUCAGCACAAAGAGAAAACAUUAAAUUACACUUAUAGUACUCAUGUAUAUUAAAAACCAAAAAUUGAAAGGUGUUUAGAAAAUUUUUUUUGUACAAAAUAAUGUUAUGUAAAUCUGAAAUAGAAAUGAACAGAAAAUGUAGCACUAGCAUUAGCCACUGAACUCUACAUCUAAUCCAGAACAUAGUUUGUUGCCAGUUAUCCAUAUCAAAACCUUAUCAGUUAAUGUUUUUUUUAUGUGAUCAUUUGGUUCUAAUAUAACAUGAUUUGAAUUUGGUAAUAUACGUUGAAUAAUUUGAUUGAACUUUUUAAUGUUUUUGAAUCAUAUUCAUUUGUUUGUAUAUAUUAUCAAAAGCUAUAUUAAUUUGUUAUUUCAGGUUUUGUUUCAAAUUAGUAAGACAGAUCUACAAGUGAAAGUAUUUCUUCAAAUAUUGUGAUUGUUGUUAAACAUAAUUUUACUUCAGUUUUGUUAGUUUUUAUUUUGUGAAAAAUGCCAUUUGUAAUGAUAAUUUGACAUAUUUGUAGAAAUUUGGUCCUUUUUUUUGAUGUACAUGUAAUUACAUUGCAACUAUGUAAUUGUUAUGCCAAAGUUCUAUAUUACCCAAGUUUAAUAUACUAGAGGUUUUUCUAAAAGGAAUAUUUCAGUGGUAAUUAUACAGGAUAUAAUGUGCAUUUGAAAAUACAUGUGGAAUUAUGAAUUUCAUAAUCUGACCAUAAUUUCUUUAUACAUAUAUAAGCAAGAGCAGGUUAAUUAUGUGUAGCUAAAAAAGCCUUAAUUUAGGUGGAUAUGAAUAAAGAUUGAAUAUGGACAGUGGAGAAAAACUGUCCAAGUGUAAUGUUAAGCAUACCAUCCUUUAUUAAACAAACAGUGUUAUUUCACCUAAAUUAUCUGGCUACUGGGGAUAAGGGCUACAAAAUGAGAUGACAACCAUGAGAAAAAUCAUGAGAGAAAGAGAGUUAUAGAAUUAUCUGAUUUAAGUAUUUGAAUGAAAAAUGAAAGUCAGUUGUCCCAAAAGUCCACAAAUUACAUACUUCAAUUUGUAAUCUACAUGCAAUCUUAAGCCAAACAAGCUGUACAGAUUUCUGUAAAUAUAACUUUUUUAAUAGGAUACCUCCCAAGUCCAUACAGAAAUAUAUAUACUAGACUCAAGGAAACAAGUUGAGGGAUUUAGAUUACCUGUAAAACUGGACUAUACAUGUUUAUUACAUUGUGACAUCCUGUCUAUGAGAAUGCUAUAACUAUUAUUAAUAAGAACUCCUGGGUGAAAGUAAAGAAGGAGGUAUAGUAACAUAUCAACCACAUUGCAUCUGCUGCAUCCAGUGCUAGUGAGGCUACAUGUAGAAACUGCAUGGAUAUUUAGAAAAUAUUACUCAAAUAUAUCUAACUAAAGAUAUGAAAUGGUGAAAUUCAUGACUAUUUCCAUGAUUACAAACCCCCAUUAUUUAUCUUUGGGGCAGUGUAGUCCUGAACAUUAAAAUUAGUAUUAAUGACCAAAUCAGAAAACUUAAUUGCAGAUUACAAAAUGUGGUUUCCAUUUCCUUCAGGUUACAAUCAUAAUGUCACAACACCUACAUGAACACAAUAACGUAAUGUAAUAUUUAGGGACAACAAGGGACCUAUGCUGUCCCAUUUACUAAACUAAAACUGUUUUUAAAAAAUCCUCAUUUUAGCCCUUAUCAUUCAUAUACUUAUCAAGCUUUUUCUUAAACUCACUUAAAUUUACUGCUAUCACUACAUCCAAAGAUAACACAUUCCAAAAGCCAAGGACAGUUAGAAAAAUAAAACUGUCUUAGCUGAAGAAGAUUCCUACCCUGCCAAAAUUUAUAUUUGUGCCAUUAAG